GCUCAGCAAAGCAGCGAAUCGCAGCCCCCUCUGAAAGCGAGCGAGAUGGCACGAGGGGCAAGAAGCCCCCGACGACGGGAAAGCAAGCGGGCCUUCCAUCCAUCCACCCCUCGUACCCCCUCCCGAGGGCGAGACGCGACAGCGCGAGCCCUAGGGAAAGGGGACGGGGAAGAAAAGAAGCGGUGCGCCGGGAGGCAGCAGACAGAGGAAAAGAACAAGUGUUAGCCACCCGCAGCAGAAGAAGCACCAGCAGCGGCAGCAGCAGCAGGGAGCAUUAGCAGCAAGGGAGGGAAACACGCGUGCUCGCACGCCCAGCUAGCAGCCAGCUCCUGCACAUCAGGCUCAGCGGCAGGGGGCAGCAGCAGCCACCAGCAAGCAAGCCAGCCAGCCCCCGCUUCUGUUGCAAAUAUUUUCGCUCGACAUCGUCGUCCGUCUUUUUCUUGACACUUUGUUCCCUUCUCUCUCAUCUCCUCUCUCUCUCUCUCCCCGUGUCCGAGCCCGUCCAUGCCUGGCCACACCUCUCCUCUCGCUCGUUCGCGAAGCUAAUCCCUCGCUCUCGCUCGGCCUCGCCGUGCACCCGUUUAUCGCGAUAGGCACACCUCUGGCUCUCACUGUCUGUAUGCGGAUGUGCCUGUCGUCGAGAAGAGUUGGCAGUCGCUCUCGGUCCUGAGGAAGCGGACGAGCGUGGUCGUUCGUUCUUGUACCGUAGUUGCAGACGAAGCGGAAGGGGAAGCGGAAGCGGAAGCAGGCACGGGUGCCGGUCGCCAUUCUCGAGGCGAAGAGAGUUGGGUAUCGACGAUGAGUCGUCGUUGGUGCGUGUCGGAUUUCACGGCGCUCUCGUCUUGCGCUCUCGGACGCGGGAGCUGUCACGGUCACGGCCGCGAUUGAUGAUGCGUGCGCGCACUGGCACCGCAAGGGUAUGUAUGUAUGUCUUGGGAGGGCGACGUUUUUGAUUCUUUCGUGGCCAUUUACUCUUCGGUGCUUGCGGGGGCGGGGGCGGGGGGCAUCGUCGUCAGGGGUGUCGGUCGUACACGCUCUCGUAGGUAUGCGUCGCAUGAAGGAAUCUCUGGCCCAUCGACCUCUUGUGACGGCACUCACGUGAAGCGUAGCUGUGAAUUUGGGAGGUCAGAGUGCGUGCUGCUGCCGGUCAUGCGCUUGAUCCCAGAGUACAGCAGCUCCGGACGUCAAUGUCCCGGAUGGCAGGCUGGACUCUCUGAUUGCGCUCGCGCCUGAAGGAGAGCAGCUUAUCGGUCUAGUGGCGCAUAUGGCAUGUUGACCGUGAAGGAAGAAGAAGAAGAAGAAGCAUCGUCAUCUUUUUUUACAGCGGUCCAAGAGUAGCAGGAAAUGCGGAAUGGGAGAAAAUCAUGGCCGCUUUCCUGUCGACUAAGUAUGUAGAGUGUGCGUGGUGUCCUCCUAAUGCUCUAGUGCGGGCACAGCCACAGCAGCAGCAGGUUGGAUAGGCACCAGCCCUGGGAAGAAGAGGAAGGGGAGGCUGAAGCGUGGGAAACAUGAAGGUCGAGCGCAUGCCUGCCUGUGUCAGAAGGAUACACGCUGACGGGACUUCGAUGUAUCGUCGGUGCUGCCACUCUGUGCUGCUUCUGGCUCAGUAGCCUCGAGGAAAGGAAAGGAAAGGAAAGGAAGGGAAGGGAAGGGAAGGGAAAGGAAAGGUAGGGACGGGAAGGGAAGGGAGCUCGCUUCAUCGUAGUGAGUAUCUAGACGCAGGGGCUCAGUGGAAGGGCCGAACCAGCAGGCCAGGAGAUGCUUUGAAAUGAGGGGGAGCAUGGCCAACAACUCACACAAUCACAAUGUGGGGCCGGCCAUUGGACCGACUGCUCGUGACCGAUCUCCCGACGCUCCGAUGGGUCGCAGUGGAUGCUGUGGAGGAUUUCUGCGGUUAGGCACUCGGAAGAGGGGGAAGAGGAUAGUGCCGGCCACGCGGAUGCAUGACGGGAGUGCUUCGUCGUCGCGCGUGUGGGCCACCAAUGGGGCGCCGCAGUCGGGCGGAGGAAAUCAGUAUGCAUCUCUCUCCCCUUCCCUGCUCGCUCCCCCCUCGUCUCCUGCAUCGUUCCAGAACUCGGCAGUUCAGUCAUCGGCCCAGUCGCCGGCCACGUUCUCCGUGUCGCUGUCCGUGCCCUCGGCGACGUCGCAGAUCCCUCUGGAGACGACGGCCACCAUGUUUCAGAUGGGCCCUUACGCCCACGAGACAGCGCUGGUCUCGCCCCCGGUCUUCUCCACCUUCACCACCGCCCCGUCCACCGCGCCCUUCACGCCUCCGCCCGAGCUCGCCACCCAUGUCACCACGCCGAGCUCGCCCGACGUCCCGUUCGCCCAAUUGCUGGCCAAUUCGUUCGGCCAGAAGGGCUCGGUGCGCCAGCAGCCCCCGCCCACGUACUCGGCGUCCCCGUUUGCGUCCCCGGACAUCUUCGCAGCCGAUGAUCUGCAGGCCGCUUACCAGCUCUAUCCUGGCAGCCCCUUAGCGCAUCUGCUGUCGCCGACCUCCGGCACGGGCCAGUCCACUCCGUUGGAGCUGGAGCUCUCGUCGCAGUCGUCGCCCUUCCCAGACCUCGAGAAUCCUGUGCAGGCCGUGGCCACCAUGUUCUUCCCCGGCUCGCCCCUCCUGGCUCUGGAGCCCGCGGCCUCCAUGGAGGUGGAUGUGGAGUCCCUGCUUCUGUCGCAGGCCUUGAACCAUUCCUCGUUCCAGGAGUUCCGCCUGGAGGAGAAGCAGUCGUCGUCCUCGUCCAAGUCGGUCCUGGGUCUGGAGCGGGGCGUCGAUGGUUCAUCGAACACCGAGGCCGUCUCGGGUGCACGAGACUCCGAUGAUGGCUCGCCGAAAGUUGUGCUCCCGAGCGCCUGCCCGGGCUCCGGGAACCCUCUGGAGCUGGAGAGAGAGACGCGACCCGACGGCGUCGAGGGCCGAGACAGAGGUUUUGCAGAGCAGGAGGAGGCUGAUCUUUUUGCGUUGUUGGAGGCCGACGAUCGGUCGUCGUCCGGAGCCUCUGAACUUGCAGACUGGAAGAGGAGUCAGAGUAGUGUGGACUGCGAGGCGAAAGAGAUCUUGGCGGGCAAAGUGCCUCGUAUGGAUGGCCCUGGCAAUGAAGAUGAAGAGGCCUUUGUAAACACCGAAAGGAAAUUCAUGGAGUCCCCGUCGAGGUAUUGUUAUCAAGGUAGUGAAGACACAUCAGCUCCAACAUCGCUGGCCGAUGAACCGGGAGUCGCUGAAGCAAGUAACAUGAAAGCAUCUCUGACCCCCGAGAUUAGAGUCCAACAUGAAUCUGAGCUAAGUAGGAGCAGCAGGCAUUCUACUCUAGAAUCUGGACAUGCGGCCAGAUCAUUGCACGGCGAAGGCUGUGCUGACUGUGACAGGAACCGAGAUGUGUGGGCUGCAUCAUCGAGGAGUUCCUCUGAUGCUGGAGCCCCACAACAGCAAACUCUCACAGGUCAGAAGCUUGAUGAACAAUCAGUUUGUGGUGGGCAGAACAGGAAAGAUUGCUGCGGUAGAUGUGAUGAGCUGGAGACUAGAUGUGAUGAACUGACUAAAGCAUUGAAGCAGGCUACGCAGAAACUGGCUGGUAUUGAAGUCAAAGAAAAGGUAGCAGUCUACAGAGAGCAGCAAUUGAAAGCGCUUUUUCAUUGGCUGCAAUCAGGGGCGCAGUCACACCAAAAGUGUGUCGAUGGUAUGUCUGAUCAAUUGUUAGAGUUGCGAGGUGCGAACACGGACCAAGUGCCCGGGCGAUCAACUCUGAUAGGUAGUAAUAUUUCAGGUACAUGCGACAGUUCCAAUGAGGCGGAGUGUAUCGCCUCCAAUCUAAUUAUUUUGGAGACCAAGAUAAAGAACAUUGUUGAGGACAAUAUCUCUACAGGCGAUGCAGGUUUAAGGUCUGAGAACCUAUUGGCGAUCAGCAUACUGAAUGCCGACCCCUCUUACUCAAUGCAAGGUUCCUUCUCGAGCUGACCGGCAACAGUAGACCAGGCAAAGCUCUGACUCUGAAAUGUGUUGAAGCAUUUUGGUACGCUAGGCUGACCGAAGGAGAAGGCAGUUCUCAUCACAAUUGGAGCAGAAUACGUCCUAUUUCUAUUAUCAGAAAGGGAAAAGUUGAAAGAAAACAAUGUCUCUUUCGGUCGGAGCUGGAUAGGUAGAGUAUAUUACAUGGUAAUCCUGGAAAGAGUUAUGUAUGCUCAUCAAUAAUGGCUUUGGUACAAAUAUCAGUACCAUUUGUUUACAAGGUUUCCCGCUGCUAGCAGCCCACAGAUAGUACGUAAUGCUUUGUUGUCUGGUUUGGAUCUUUCAAGACGCUUCUUGGUGUCCUUCAACGGAGAAGCACCAGUCUACCUUCGAGGUUGUCAACAGAACUGUUAUUGAGGGUUAUCCAGUGAUGAAGAGGAUCAUGUAAGAAAAUGUUUCUAUAUAUGAACCUGUCAAUAUAAUUUCAG